AUGGUCUUCCACAAGAAGAAUCAGCAGCAGGUCGAUGACAGUGUCAUCACUCGCCGCACAAAGUCUGAGAGUCUAAAAUACUUCCGGCGCGGCAUCCACCGAAAUUCAGACAUCCUUCUCAUUCUUCUCCACAGCCUCUUUCCUCUCGCUAUCGGGGCAUUUCUUAUAGCUCAGGAAGCUCUGGUCACCGCUAACACGUCUCGCACUAACAUUCUCGGUUACCUCACUGGCAGCGGAGGUAUCGUUCUUCAACUUACUCUGAUCGCUCGCACCCUAGCCCCGCUAACUGCUGCUCGCCUAAUGGAUGUGCUCACUAUCUGUGUGGCAGCGCUCCAGUUUCUCAACUGCACCGUCGGUGCUUUGGUAUUCCUAGUGAUGGCCAAGAAGAUUUACCUUGUAGCCUCCGUUUCACUUGCCAAUUCCAUCUUCUGCAUCCUCCCCGCCUUUCUGGCUGUUACAUCGAUCAUAGCUGAAAGUAAAGGAAACAAAGGCAUUGGUAGGCGCAGAAAUGAACCUUGCUUUGCUUCCAGUUGUUCUCGCCUUCCUGUUGUCAUCAAAGGUAAGUCCAACAGGCUGGCGGACAGCGCACAAACCAGCAAAGUAGACAGUCAGGGAGGAUGGGAUGUUUCUUCCUUGAGAACGGAAUUCUAA